AUGUGUAUAAGAGACAGUGCUAACCGUGUAGACCUUAUUAGAGAAGCUUCUGCGCCAAGUCAAUGGGGGCACGUAAGGACUGCAUGUAAUCCCGCAGAUGUUUGCUCUAGAGGAACGUCGGUGAAGGCGUUUCUGGACAGCGAAAAAUGGAUUAAAGGUCCAAAAUUCCUGUGGCGGGACGAGAGUAAAUGGUAUGAAAAAGACAUAGGACAGUUUACCUUGAAGAAUACUGAUCCAGAACUGAAAUGCGUCCUGGCUACAGAAGUUAAACCCGUUGAUCCCUUAAGCCGAGCAAUAGAGCGUUGCUCGUCAUGGAGCAAGCUAAAAAGGUCCAUUGCCUGGAUCAUGGUGGGAAUGCAAAACUUGCAAAUGCGUGUUGUUGUUCGCAAGAGAAGAUUACCAGAAGGGCAGAAACAGCAUGGAAAUCUAUCAGUUCAAGAUAUGAGGAGGGCGGAGGAAGCAUUGGUAAGGUUCGUUCAGAAAGAGCAUUGGCCAAACGACAUUGCUUCACUUCAUAAGAAAUCAUCAUCGCUGAGGAGGCUUAAUCCGGUCAUAAAGAAUAAAUUAUUGUGUGUCGGUGGUAGACUCCAAAGAGAAAAUAUUUACGUUAUGUCUAAACAUCAAGUUCUAUUACCAAGAAACUCUCAUGUAUCAAGGUUGAUACUUCGAGAUAUUCACGAGACAAAUGGACACCUAGGUAAAAACCAUAUAUUAGCAAAACUGCGACAGCAGUAUUGGAUUGUAGGUGCACCAUCCUUAAUAAAGCAGAUUACCUCAAAGUGUGUGGUUUGUAGAAGGUACCAGCCAAUAGUUGGUCAACAGAAGAUGGCAGAUUUGCCUAUAGAGCGGGUACGUGUGAGGAACCCUCUGUUUCAUGACACUGGAAUGGACUACUUCGGGCCGUUCGAGGUCAAGCGUGGCCGAACUACUGUGAAAAGAUACGGAAUGCUGUUUACGUGCAUGGCUAGUCGUGCUGUUCACUUAGAAGUCGCACACACUCUCGACACUGCUUCAUGUAUUAACACAAUUAAACGGUUUACUGCACGACGAGGGAACGUGAGUAGUAUCAGGUCAGAUAAUGGAACCAACCUUGUAGGAGCCGAACGUGAACUUAGAGAGUCUUUACAUAAAUGCAAUCAGCAGGGAUGCAAAUGA